AUGAUUUCGGCGCUGAUGAUGGAUGUCGGCGAGAAGCACGGGGAGAGCGAGAGCGAGAGCGAUGGGGUUGCUGCGAUCAGAGACAAGAGUGCUGCUGCGGCGUCGAUAUCGACGCCGCUUAGCAGCAACAACAACUCUGAUGUUGGAUCGCCCGAGCUGGAUAAAGUAGGUUCCGAUGGCGUGCCUGAGCCGAACUCAGUGUCAAACUCGGUGUCAAACUCGGUGUCAAACUCGGUGUCAGAUUCUGUGUCAAACUCGGUGUCAAAUUCUGUGUCAAACUCAUCGAACUCGGCGUCCGCGUCGCAGGAUAAUGCGAAUGCCAAGAACCCGUCGUCGUGGGACCCCGAGGACGAUAUACUGCUGAGACACUUGAAAGAGAUUAAGAACCUGGGCUGGAAGGAGAUCGCGCUGUACUUCGAGAACAGGACGCCCAACGCGUGCCAGUUCCGCUGGAGGCGGCUGAAGUCAGGAAACCUGAAGUCUAACAAGACUGCGACGGUGGACAUCUCGGAGUACAACGUGGUGGUGAAGAGACUCUCCGAGAUCGAGAACGCUCAGCUCAGCAGAAGCGCCUCAGAGCAGCCAUUUAGACCCCCAGUGGAUAAUAACGAUAAGCUGGCCAAUAACAUUCCUGUAAGUUAUCCCGGGUCUGCUAACGGAAACGGAACUCCCUUGGGUUCCGAGAUGGAUACGAAGCUGAACAAAGUAGUAUCGGGCGCCAGCCCUGCUCCUGUUGCUGCUACUGCUAUGUUGACUUCUUCUAGCCACGGGUCGGUGACCCCAAACGGCACUAACGGCACUCAAAAGGGGAAAAGGGCAAGCUUGCACUUCCCCAUUAUUCCUCUCUCGAGAAGAACAUCAGUGGCUACCAUUCCUAGUAACGCCAUAUCGGGUUCCACGCAGUCUAUUACAGGCUCUGUGACGCCCGGUUCCACUCAGAGAAGUCAUACAUCGUUAGCGAAAAAUAAGUUCCCAAAGGCAAGGUCUUACUCUCAUACGUUGGGACCAUCACCACAGUUACAUUCAUUGAAAGGUAUCAAAUUUAAAGAGACGAAGACCAGAGAAUCACAUGGUAGCGCAAUUAAUGAUGAUAUUGAGAACGAAAACUUCGGUUUCAUUCCAAAGAUAAUAGUAAAAUCUAGAAGGAACUCGUUUACACACCCACCUAUGCCUGUAGGGAAUAGCACAAAUAGCUCAGCAAAUACAAAAUACAACCCUGGUCCUUCAGGCUUAUCAAUUUCUCCACCAUCAACUUUUAACGGUGGCUCUGGUGGGCAGUACCUUCAAAAUGCAUCCUUUUCUUCGAACUUAGCCAAUGCUUUGAAUACAACAUUGAUUACUUCGAAGUCCAGGAAAAAUUCAUUUUCAGUAAACUCUAGAAGGUCGUCAUUCAACAUUUCUAGUACUUCAAACUCUAGAAGGCCUUCUAUAAUAUCGGCACCGAACUCUAUAACGAAUAAUUUUGUUAUAAAUCAUAGUAACUCCGCCAGUAAUUUACAUGCAGCCCCAAAGAUGCAACGGAAAAACUCAAACGUGAAAAGAGAAGCCACAAGUUCACAGUCUCUUAACACAAUUAGCUCACCUAAUGGUAAGACUUCUACAGAGAAUGGGACAUAUGAGAACUCAUAUAACACUUUCAAGGUUCAAUACAUGGAUAAUCCAGUUGGUCAUAGUUCUGCCUUUCAAAAGAAAGCUAUGGACUAUGCUUCUCAUUCUUUAGAUGGGAUGGAACCUAAGGACGAAGGUGUUACUAGUUGUAGUAAUAAUAGUGGUAAUAAUUCCAGAUUCAUGCCUUGGUCUUUGGAAGAAGACCAAUUAUUGACAGAAAACAAACUCAGGAAUCUAUCACUCAUGGAAUUAUCUAUUCUACUACCGAAUAGAUCAGAAAAUGAAAUCAAAUGGCGUUUAGAUACAUUCUCGCGUAAUUACCUGUGA